GGCCCCAGUUCAGAGCGCAGCCAUCGGCCUCAGGGAGAGCGAGCAGAGUGGUCAGGAGUCAUGGGGGAGAGCACGCUGGAGCCAGGGCCGGGGCAUGGGACGCCUGGGGGUCCCGUGCAUGCAGUAACGGUGGUGACCCUGCUGGAGAAGCUGGCCACUAUGCUGGAGGCGCUGCGGGAGAGGCAGGGCGGCCUGGCUCAGAGGCAGGGCGGCCUGGCGGGCUCGGUGCGACGCAUCCAGAGUGGCCUGGGCGCGCUGAGUCGCAGCCACGACACCACCAGCAACACGUUGGCGCAGCUGCUGGCCAAGGCGGAACGCGUGGGCUCGCACGCAGAUGCCGCCCAGGAGCGCGCCGUGCGUCGCGCGGCCCAGGUGCAGAGGCUGGAGGCCAACCAUGGGUUGCUGGUGGCGCGCGGGAAGCUGCAUGUCCUGCUCUUCAAGGAGGAAACUGAAAUCCCAGCCAGCGCCUUCCAGAAGGCUCCAGAGCCCUUGGGUCAGGAGGACCAGUCCAACUUAGACUCUGAGCAGCCGGAGGCCGAAGCUGGAGAGAGCUCGGAUGAGGAGCCUGUGGAGUCCCGGGCUCGGCGGCUGAAGCGCACCGGUUUGCAGAAAGUACAAAGCCUGCGAAGGGCCUUUUCGGGUCGGAAAGGCCCUGCAGCGCCUUCUCCCACGCCGGCCAAGCCUCCUCGUCUUGGGGCCGGCCGGAGCGCUGAAGGCCAGCCUGAAGGCCAGGCUGUAGCCCACCCUGUGCAGGAGUCUGCGCUGCAACCAGAUCCUCCGCAGGACGCCAAGGAAGAUCCAGAGAGACCUGGAGCUGCCGAUGGGGCUCUGCUCCAAAUAGAGAGUGCAGCCUGAUAGCUGGUCUUGCCUGCCUCCCCUGUGCCUAUGCCUUGUCCCAAAAUAAAUCCUUCCAGAAUGCAGCACUCACAUCCAAAUAAGGAGCGAAUUCUGUACCCACCGCUUAGCUCUGGCCCUCCCUUUCUGGCUUCUGCAGCCUAGUGUCCUCUAAAAGAAGAGUGGCCACUCAAACUGACCUGCAU